AUGGCUACUCGGACCAACUCUGAAUUACCUCCAUCGCCACAAGAAUAUUCAGAUGGAUAUGAAGUAUUAGAAGAAGAAGUCGAAGAAAAGCGACAACCAGUUAACAACAACGUAGCAAAUAUCUUGGAGAGGCUCAAGUCAUCUGGUGCGUCGAUCAGAAAACCGAAAAAUGAGUUUUACUGUUUCACUUGCAAAGUAGACUUUCCAGACUGGGAAGAAUUAGAGAAUCACCUGAUACAACACGUUUCCCUACCAGCUGUUGUUCUCGACAAACUGCCUUCAGAUGAUGAAGAUGGUCCUCCUUCGGCAGAUGGGAACUGGUCUGAUGAUGAGGAAUCAUCACCCCUCAAAGUACCACUGCAGAAAACUACAAAAAUUAGACAUAUCGCAAAUUCUCAAAAACAAAGGUAUAUCUAUUAA